AUGCUAGGGACCCAGAAAGCAAAAGAGAGAGACCCCCUCCCCGAAAACUGGACCCUGCAGCUCAGCCGACCAGACCAGACCAAGCGAACCACGGCAGAGCAGAUCAAGCUAUCUGACCCGUGGAUCACAGUGGAAAAACCAAGGAUUGCAGUGGAAAAACCGCGGCAGAGUGCAGGGGGCUUAGAUUACACAGCACUUUACCACCAAACAGUGGCAGUGGUUGAGAAAGAACUCAAAGAAAUGGAAAAUCAAACUGUGGUCACUGCAUUCAUCUUCCUAGGAUUUUCUAACCAUCCUGAAUUUCAAGGGCUGGUAGUCUCCUUGGUCUUCUUGAUCAUUUAUCUGAUAACUCUUCUGGGAAAUACUUUCAUAUUAACAGUGAUGAGAGCCAAUCCUGCCCUCCACACUCCAAAGUAUUAUUUUCUCAGCAGUUUCUUGGACAUCUGCUACUCAUCCACCACCAUUCCAGUCAUGCUGGUGAACUUCUUCCAGGAGAAUAAAACUAUCUCACAUGAGGGCUGCAUUUCUCAGAUCUUUAUCCUAGAUCACGUUGACUGUGUCUUAUUGGCUGCUAUGGCUUAUGAUCGCUUUGUAGCGUCUUGCCACCCUCUUCAAUAUCCAGUCUUCAUGAGUGUGAAGGUCUGUGUUUUUUUGUUGACUAGGUCCUGGAUGUGUGGCCUGGUGAAUUUUGUGACACACACAGUGCUGGCAGCCACACUCACUAUGUGUGGGCCCAACCAGAUCAAUCACUUUCUGUGUGACAUCCCAUUGUUCCUGGAGCUCUCCUGCUCAGAAGUCUCUCUCAAUGAGUCUAUGCUCCAUGUGGCCAGUGCCACCACUGGCCUGAGCCCCUGUCUGUUUACUGUAGUGUCCUACAUACUCAUCAUCUCUGCCAUCCUCAGGAUUCCCUCUGCUCAGGGCAGGAUCAAGACCUUCUCUACCCAUGCAUCCCAGAUUACUGUGGUGGUGGUCUUCUUUGGAACAGCCAACUUCACUUAUGACAGACUCAGAGAAGUCUGGGACAUGGACAUUCUGGUCUCCGUGUCCUUCCGUGUUGUGACUCCCAUGUUGAACCCCAUCAUAUACAGAUGAGAUCUCCUGAGAAACAAGAAGAUCAAGGGUGCCCUGAUGAAGCUGGCUGGAGAAGAUGGAUUCUCUACACCUUUGUCAAAGAUCAAUUGA